AUGGACGACUUUACCUCCCUCGAGCUCCUCUCCCUGGUAUCCAAAGUUACCUCGGAGCUGCAGAACCAUCUAGGAAUCAACGACAAAACUCUCGCCGAGUUCGUCAUCGACCAACAUGAAAAAUGCGGCGGCAAACUGCCCGACUUCAAGGUGGCUCUGGCUGCCAUGGGGGCAGAGUUCCCCAACAGUCUGGUGGAGAGUAUCGACAGACUGAUCCUGACCAUGCACCCCAUACACAAGGUCGUCAAAAAGCAGGCAACAGCGCAGAAUGGAAACUCGGAUAUGGACGAGCUCGACGCAAUCGGACGGAAAGCGAGAGUGUUCAAGGGUUUAUCGGUCCCGGAUCGUGAGCAGUUAUGGGAUGACUAUGAGGAUGAUAUGGUUGGUCAGAAGGCCAUUGAAGAGACUGGGCCCCCCAUACCCGAAGGCGAGGAUGAUGAUACAUUUGCACUACUGGAAGGCCUUGCGAGCAAACCGAAGAACGGGACGGGGGGUACCUCUGCCCGGAGUAGAAAGAGAAGCAGAAGUCCAGACCGAGACGAAUAUUCUCGGGACAGAAGACCACGGCAGAAGAACUGGUCUCGAAGUCCAAGUCCUCCUGGGGAGAAGCGUUCAAGACGACAUCGUCACGAUGAUAAUGACCGCGAAUACGACCAACGGCAAAAUGGCCACAGAGAUCGACAUGGUGACAGAAGGAAUGGACAUUCCAAGAGUAGUCGGAGGGAUCACGACGAGGAUGAAGAUGAUUUUCGGAAGCCUCCACGGAGAGAAGUGGACGAUAAUCCGAUUUUGUUCAAGGUCUACGAUGCGACAAUCAACGGUCUGAAGGAUUUUGGUGCCUUUGCAAACCUCGAUCAUGUCAAAGGAAGUCCUAGUGGUCUAAUUCAUGUUUCGGCGAUACAGGAAGGGGCAAGAGUCAAUCAUCCUUCAGACCUCUUGUCUCGUGGUCAGCAGGUCAAAGUCAAGGUUAUCAAAAUGGAGAACAACAAGAUUAGUCUUUCCAUGAAAGAAGUAGACCAAGUAUCUGGUCAAGAUUUGGUCCCCUCGAGGCGAAUUGCAUCCGGAGCCAAUAUGGAGCGUCUGGAUGGUCUUCCGUCAGAUGGUCGUUAUGGAAAUCUCAGUUCAAGCGUACCUGUCAUAGAAGACGAUUACAAUGCGAGAUCCAAGAAGAACAGAAAGCGGAUGACGUCUCCUGAAAGAUGGGAAAUCAAACAACUCAUCGCUUCAGGAGCUAUCUCGGCACAAGAUUAUCCCGAUAUUGACGAAGAAUACAAUGCAGUAUUGAAUGGAGAAAGUCAAUUCGAAGAGGAGGAGGAAGAUAUCGACAUUGAAGUUCGGGAAGAGGAACCGCCUUUCUUAGCUGGACAAACCAAACAGUCCCUUGAGCUUUCCCCCAUUCGGGUUGUGAAAGCCCCUGAAGGAUCUCUCAACAGGGCUGCUCAAGCAGGCACAAAUCUAUCAAAAGAGCGAAGAGACCUGAAGCAACAGGAAGCUGCUGACAAGGCAGCUGAAGAAGCAUCCAAGGUCGAUCUCAACGCACAAUGGCAAGACCCCAUGAUCAAUCCAGAACAACGGAAGUUUGCGGCCGAUUUGCGACAAGCACAGCAACAGACUACUCGUGCUAUCGAAGCUGUACCCGAAUGGAAGCGUGCUACCCAAAACAAAGACCAAUCGUUCGGCCGCAGGACUAACAUGACGAUCAAGCAGCAGCGAGAAUCGCUUCCCGUGUACAAAUUCCGGAAACAACUGCUCGAAGCUGUGGAAACCAAUCAACUCCUCAUCGUCGUUGGUGAUACUGGCUCCGGCAAAACCACACAGCUUACACAAUAUUUGGCCGAAGCAGGAUAUGCGAACCACGGUAUGAUCGGUUGUACUCAGCCUCGCCGCGUCGCAGCUAUGUCUGUAGCAAAGCGCGUCUCGGAGGAGGUAGGUUGUGAACUUGGUCGGGAAGUGGGCUACACUAUUCGUUUCGAGGACCGCACAUCCCCAGACACCAAGAUCAAGUAUAUGACUGAUGGCAUGUUGCAAAGAGAGAUUCUCUUGGACCCUGACUUGAAAAGAUAUCAAGUGAUCAUGUUGGAUGAAGCUCACGAAAGAACAAUUGCCACUGAUGUACUUUUUGGAUUGCUCAAGAAAACAUUGAAGCGACGGGCCGAUCUGAAGCUUAUUGUCACUUCAGCUACACUAGAUGCCGACAAGUUUUCCGAGUACUUCAACCAGUGUCCCAUUUUCUCCAUUCCCGGUAGGACGUUUCCCGUGGAGAUAAUGUACUCGAGAGAACCUGAAGAGGACUACUUGGAUGCGGCAUUGACUACGGUCAUGCAGAUCCACCUCACUGAGCCUCCUGGUGAUAUCUUAUUAUUCUUAACGGGAGCGGAGGAAAUCGACACUAGCGCCGAGGUCUUGUAUGAAAGAAUGAAAGCCCUUGGCCCAUCAGUACCAGAGCUUAUCGUUCUUCCUGUUUAUUCCGCCCUGCCCAGCGAAAUGCAGAGCAGAAUCUUUGACCCAGCUCCACCAGGAGCUAGGAAAGUCGUCAUUGCAACCAAUAUCGCUGAGACAUCUAUCACCAUUGACCAGAUCUAUUAUGUGAUUGACCCGGGAUUUGUCAAACAGAAUGCCUAUGAUCCAAAACUGGGUAUGGACUCAUUGGUUGUUACUCCUAUCUCGCAGGCUCAGGCGAAGCAGAGAGCUGGUCGAGCUGGUCGAACGGGUCCAGGAAAAUGUUUCCGUCUUUAUACCGAAGCUGCAUACCAAUCUGAGAUGCUUCCCACGAGUAUCCCGGAAAUUCAGCGACAGAAUUUGGCUUAUACCAUCCUCAUGCUCAAGGCUAUGGGCAUCAACGAUUUAUUGCACUUCGAUUUCAUGGAUCCACCACCCACAAACACCAUGUUAACUGCACUCGAAGAAUUAUACGCGUUAUCAGCACUUGACGAUGAGGGGCUACUUACAAGGCUAGGUCGCAAGAUGGCUGAUUUCCCUAUGGAGCCUGCCUUGGCCAAAGUCCUGAUUGCGUCGGUCGAUAUGGGUUGUUCAGAGGAACUUCUUACCAUCGUGGCGAUGUUGUCCGUUCAAACUGUCUUCUAUCGUCCCCGAGAAAAGCAACAACAGGCAGACCAGAAGAAAAGUAAAUUCCAUGAUCCACACGGUGACCACCUUACACUCCUCAACGUCUACAACGCGUGGAAACUGUCGAAAUAUAGCGAUCCUUGGUGCUUCGAAAACUUCAUUCAGAAAAGACAAAUCGGCCGAGCAAAAGAUGUGCGACAGCAGCUUGUGUCUAUCAUGCAGCGGUAUAAGCAUCAAAUCGUCUCUUGUGGACGCAACACAAUGAAAGUCCGCCAAGCACUAUGUUCAGGCUUCUUCCGGAAUUCAGCACGCAAAGAUCCCCAAGAGGGAUACAAGACGCUCAUCGAAGGGACACCAGUCUACAUGCAUCCCAGCAGCGCCCUGUUCGGCAAACCAGCUGAGCACGUUAUCUUUCACACUCUUGUCAUGACCACUAAGGAGUACAUGCAUUGUGCGACUGUGAUUGAACCAAAGUGGCUCGUGGAAGCAGCUCCGACAUUCUUCAAAGUCGCCCCGACUGAUCGAUUGAGUAAGCGUAAGAAGGCUGAGAGGAUUCAACCUCUACAUAACAAGUUCGCUGGUGAGGACGAUUGGAGACUUAGCUCGCAGAAAAGGCAAGGUAGAGGCGGUGGUGGUGGUACUUGGGGUUGA